CGAAAAAUAUCCCUCCCCCCCCUUUCCCUCGCGUCGCCCCUCUCGGGCGGCUCGAGGGCGACAACCCUAACCCUCGCCGCUUCCCCCAUUCCUCUCCUCCCUCCUCGCCGCCGCCAGAGGCAUCCGCCGGGCAAGCCCGGGGCGUGGCCAAGGAAGGUGGCAGCGGGGCCUCCGCUGCUCCGUAUCUCCAGCGGAGGGCGUCAGGAUCCGGGGCGGCGGCCUUGUUCGGUGAGGCGUCACCGUCUCCUCGGCUGGUGGUGGCACGGGUGUGGCCCGGUGGGCUUGGCUGUGCGGGCAGCAAGCUUUCCGGCGGACGUGAUCCGCGGCGCGGCGGUGGGGCUUCUGGCCUCUUGCGGCUCCAGAUCUGGCCGCCCCUUUCCCCUUCUACUAUACUGCGUGCUCCACCACUUCAUAUCUGGACUGGGUCGAUAGGGUUCUCCGGCGCCUGGAGCUGGAUGCGGUGUUGGUGGUGUGGAGCCUUGACCGGGAGAAAUCCAUGGCGGCGGCGUCCAUGGACGCCAUUCCCCUUCUUGGAGGCACCAUUCAGGGUGAGCAACCCAUAUGUCGACGGUUCGACGCCUUUCGAGCCAGGCGAGGAGGCAGGGGCCUCCUUCGACAGUGGGAAUGGAUGGAGAUGUUGUUCCAGGGCCUUGGUUGUUUGGUGUCGACCUAUCCUAUCCUCGACAGCGAGCGCUCCCCGGAGCCCCAUUUCUUCGUCCCUGGCGAUCCUUGUGUGGACGAGGGCCUCUGCGUGCUUCGGCUUGUGUUUUUCUUGUGCUAUCUUUCUAGCUGUAGUGAGUGAGGUAUUGAGAGCUGCCUACCAGCAUCCUUGUAUCUUGCCGUUUUCUUGUGUUUUUGUUUGUUCGAGUUUGUAUUGCUAUGGUUGUAAUCCUGGCCGGUUGAUGACUUUGUUAAUUCAAAGCCGGGCUCC